AUGAAAUUCAGCACCCUUAUCACCACAUGCGCUGGCGCAGCCACGCUCGCCCACGCGUAUCCCGGCAUGAACAAAGUCCUCUCAGAGAUCAAAUCCAGACAAGACAAUGAUACCGAAUUCGACUCCAAAGAGCUCAUCGGAGAUCUUCUCAACCUCACCGACUCGCAGCUGACGCCCGUUGGUCGCUCAGUGAAGAAGAUCAUCACAGACGACGGCGAGGAUGGGCAGUCCAACGAGGGAUAUCCGAACAUCCCGCCCCGUGACACUCCCCAGUGCGCGGCAGACACAUGCUGCAUCUGGCACUACAUAUCCGCCGACAUGGCUUCCAAGUUCCGGGGCCCGUCGGGGAGGUGCACGAACCUGGCGCGACAAGCAGUACGGAUAGGCUUUCAUGACGCCGCAGGGUGGUCUAAGGGAACUGGGCCCCAGGGCGGGGCCGACGGGAGCAUCGUCCUCGCACCAGAAGAGAUGACACGUCCGGCGAACCGUGGCCUGGAAGAGAUCGUCGCGCAGAUGCAGGACUGGUUCGACGAGUACAGCGCGUACGGGGCCAGCAUGGCCGACCUGAUACAGAUGGCCAGCACCACCGCCACGGUCGUGUGUCCCCUCGGCCCCCGUGUCAGGUCCUUCGUGGGCAGGAAGGACAGCUCCGCCCCGGCGCCGGACGGCCUGCUCCCCAGCCCGUUCGACAGCGCCGACAACCUGAUCUCGCUCUUCCGCAACAAGACGAUCGAGCCACAUGGGCUGACUGCCCUCUUGGGCGCGCACACCACAUCGCAGCAGCGGUUCGUGGACCCCGAUAGGGCAGGAGAUCCCCAGGACAGCACCCCCGGGGUCUGGGACGUUUUGUUUUACAAGCAGACACUCGACAACAACGCGCCGAGGCGGGUUUUCAAAUUCCCGAGUGAUGUCAACUUGUCGAAAGACCCGAGGAUUGUAAAGGAAUUCAAGGAGUUUGCGGGCCCUGGCGGACAGGAGCACUGGAACGAGGACUACGCCCGGGAGUACGUGCGGUUGAGCCUGCUGGGCGUCUUCAACAUCAACAACCUGACCGAGUGCACAAAGGUGCUGCCGCAGCCCAGUGCGCCGUACUUCGGCCCUCCUGACCAGCCUGUCUUGAACAUGUGGAUGAACAUGACCCGACACGUCGAGCCAUUCGCGAAGGCUGUUAUGGACGGGGACAUCCUCUCGGGCCUGGUGGGUAUGCUUACCGGCCAGCAAGGUGGUCAGGCCACUGCCAACCAAGGUGAACGGAAGCCAUGCAAAACCAAGAUGGUGAGGCGGCUUUGA